ACCCGGGUGACGAAAAAGAAGGGCGAGCUAUUAACAGAGAACGAGAAAAAGGCCAAUCACAUUGCGUCGGAGCAGAAGCGCAGACAGAAUAUACGCGUGGGAUACGACCAGCUGAUUCAAAUCGUGCCCACUUUGACGCCGUCGCAGAGGAGCGAAGCCCUGAUUUUGCAAAAAACCGUCGAGUACAUAAAAUACUUGCUGAUGGAGCGGGAGAUCCUCGAGGGACAGCUUGAC